AUGUCUAUGAUCGUUGAUUCGUCCGAUAACAGUCAACUUUCGUUGACUACAAUAUCUAAUGGUCCAAACAUCCCACAUCUAGAAGCCCCUAGUACACCUCCCAUCACCAAAAAUGUAUCUGUUCGUCAGUAUACGGCACCUCCCUUUAUGAACAAUUAUAUUUCCGGCAUGCGAAAUGACUUGAUGAACCUUCCAGCUGAACGUCGUAAAGCAGACAAUGAACGCACACUGAUGACCUACUACACAUCGAAGCUGCACAUACCUCGCCAAGACAGUGUAACGAGUGGAUCGACAGAUCGAUCCACAACUAGCCUCAACUCUAGGAAGGGUAAUCGGGUAAAGCAUGGCAAUACGGGCUCGCACGCGAGUUUCAAUGAGCAGAAGACCCCACUUCGUGGCAAUAAUGACGAUUCGAAGUUCACUCAAGAAGUAUUCUCCAACGGCUACACGAAUUAUUGUGCUAAGCUUCCGAUACCCAGUCUUGAAAACACAGAGGUUAUUCGACGCCAUAACAUGUGGACUCCGUUUAUGAGAUGGGACCUUACAGCCAAAUCUUCAAAACAAGAAGGACCGCUGCUUGACCGCCACACGAUAGAAGCUGCCGCUUUCACCGCCUCGUGUUUGAACACUAAUGCAUGCAUAUACCGAGAAACUGAUCUUCAGAGCGGAAACAUGUUUGUCGGAUCAACCACCAUACCUCCUUUGUUUGGAGAAAUGAAACUCCCGCCCUUUGUCUACCAGUGUACCGUAGAUAUCGGGGAUAAGAUAUACACUUUAGGUGGGCUCACCCCCUCAUAUUACUACACUGAUGAGAUGCCAGAUCUGAGUCCUUAUCAAGUAGACGGGGUGCCAAAUCUCCCGCCUCCGCUGCUUGACUCGAUUGUUAAUAAUCCCAGCAUGGUCAAUAACCAUGACCUUUAUGUGAUAUCCUCUGCAUCCCCAAGGGUGACUAAACCUGUUUUGACAGGCCACGUUCCUCCUCCUCUCCUUUGCAUGACCGGUUCAGCCCUCACCAAACGUCAUAUAUUCUACUACGGUGGGUUCGAAAUAAAAACGGAAACAGUGAUUGACGACAACACCGGCAAGUUUUAUCUAAAGAAAAGAGCCAUUCUCAGUAACCGUGCGUACAUCUUGGAUGUGGUUACGUUCAAAUUCACUAAAGUCGAUCUCGUUGCACAGCCCACAAAAUUCAAUUCUAACCCUUUUAUCGCACCACGGUUUGGCCACUCGCAGGUGUCUGUGAAGGUGAAUCCUACUGUGAAAUGCUCGGUUUGUGCGACAGCAUUGACUGCGGAUAAUAAACUCGAUACAACAAAGCGAGAUUCUGAUAAUUCUUCAUCUAUUCUAUCGCAACCCAUCGACGAAGGUCCUCAGUCUGAAAAUUCUUUCUCAACUGAUAAAAAUGCCGCCAACAAACUUUCUAUGUCUACCAGUAUGGGUGUUUCGACAAUUCUGAUGAUGGGCGGGUAUCGUAGCGACAGCAACGACGACUAUGAGUCACUGAAUGAUCUUUGGAAAAUAGAAGUAACCGUAAUUGCACGAGGAAAGAGAAAUUACUACAAGUUCGCGGACAAAGCUCUAGCCACCCCCUUUUCGAAUUUACCUGACGAUACUGAAGGUCGUAAAUGGCCAGCAAUACGAGCAUUUCACGCCUGUGAGAUCUAUGAAAACGAACUGCUGAAGGCACAAUCUUCGGAAGAAGAAAUGCUGGAAAAUCUGCGCGAGAACUUCAUGAUUGAACCAGAGGUAACGUCUCAAACAAGUGCAGAGGAAAACCCAUACGCUAGCUCGGCGUGGUCUGACUCUCGCGAACAUCAUCACAAUCAUCGACAUUUAAACCAUCAGCAACAACACCAUCAUCACACCAGCGUAAAUGACGUUUCCAUGUUCCUAGCAUGGAACGCUCAAAGACAGUCACAUAUGCUGCAAAAUACUUCUCAAACGCUGGUGAUUCACGGUGGCUCGAAUAAGUCGCUUGUUUACGGUGACCUGUGGUGGUUCGACCUCGAUAAGGAAAAGUGGACUCAAAUCAAGGCCUGCAAGGCAGAUUCUGGAAACAAAGGUCAACGCCCAGAGAUGAAUCUCACUCUGGUGGGACACAAGCUGGUUCGAAUUUCGGCUAAAGCGAUUUUCGUGGGCGGGUUCGCACAGUGCGAUGUUGACAGACAUUGGGGCAAAUCGGACGGAGGUAAUAUGAAUAAAGUUGAUUCUUCUUCUUUUUCCAUGUCGAGUCUUUACCUUUUGGAUCUUCACUCGUUUAUGCUCGAACCUUUCUGUGUUGGUGACGAGCGGCGUAUCGAGCCUGAAGGCGCAGAUGCGCCGUGGCAUGAACAGCUCCGGAUGCUGUCCACGUCUGCAACUCACAGAAACGGCUUUUUACAGCUUGUGGGCGGGAUAUUGUGCAGUGCACAUAAUUUGGAAAACGCUUACUUGCGUGGUACAUUCACCACAUGCAUUUUACCACUGAUUACCGCUUCGCAAUCCAUUGCUCUUUGA